AUGUCAAAGAAGCCGAACGCGAUCAUCUUCGGCGGGCUCAACACCUGCUCGCGCACUCUCGCCACUCUCCUCGUCCCGCCCGACGGCGGCGAAAGACUCGUCGAAAAUCUCCGGAUCGUGGACAAGUACUCCGUCGCGCCUGCCACAACGUAUCUCGGUUCUGUCUUCCCCCAGGUCCUCAAACAGCCCAACGUCGAGUACCGCCAGGCGAAUCUCACCGUUGCGGCGACCGUUGCCGCGGCCUUCGAUCCACCGGCAGGGCAGGACCCGUACGAUUACGUCUUUGACUUCACGGGCGAGAUUGGCUGGGACAGGCCAGAAGGGAUCCAAGUCGGCCACACGUUCAAGAUCGCUCGGCAGAUAGGCCUCGAGGCGGCAAAGCGGCAGGUGAAGGCGUACGUCCGUAUACAGCACCCGUUCUACAAUUGCAAGGAGAGCGGAAACCACGACGAGAAGGCGGAGGUGAAGCCCGAGGGUGUGGUCGGCACUUGGUGGCAUGAGACCCUGCGGGCGUUGGGCGCAAUCGAGGACCUCAAUCUUGUCAUCAUCCGGACAGCCCUUCCAUACGGCCCUUAUAUCAACUAUCUCGCUGUGAUCCCUUUCAUCGCUGUCGCAGCGUGCUAUGGCCAUCUGCAUCAGCCCAUGAAGGCGCUAAACUCGCCCGGCAAGUACCCGUCACAUACCGUGCACGUCGAAGACAUUGCGGGUGCGAUGUGGGCAGCUGCGGAGUGGAUGGCGAAGACGGGGCGAAAAGAGGGGGAUGCGCUUGCGGGCGAGGAGAUCGUGUUCAAGAACGAGAAGAGCAAGGCGAGCGAGGUGGAGGGCGUGGUCGCGCCGACACAGAAGGUGGUCGCGCCGCUGUUCAACAUCGAGGACGAGUCGAAGGUGACGCUGGUCGAGCUCGGGAACGUCAUCGCGUCCUUCUUCGGCACCACCUUCGACUUCCAUAACUUUGUGACGAACAUGGCUGCAAAGCUCCGCCUCGAGGACAUGAUCGAGGACAUCAACGAGGUCCACGUUAGCACCUGGACAGAGAUGAUCACCUCCUCGAAUCCCCCCAUCCCCAACACCCAGUUCUCGUCCUACAUGGACCUCUCCGCCCUCAAGAAGCACGUCGUCGCCUUCAACGCCGACAAGAUCAAGGAGGUCAUCGGCUACAAGCUCAACUGGCCCCAGUUCAACCACGACGCCAUCCGCGACAUGGUCGACAAGCUCAAGGCCGAGCACAGCUGGCCAAACAACUCGUAA